AUGCCAAAAUCUGCAAAAAGACCCUCUACCCUGAGAAAACAACGGAGAAAUGAGCCAUAUAACGAGCUGCCGCCUCCCUCUCACCUGACUAUCAUGGAGAACCAAUAUUCAACUGAAGUCUGUAUAACGCCGCCCCCACGAUUGCCAACACCUACAUCUGAACCAUCUCCAUUGCCUUUCGUCUUGUCACCGUCAUCUCCCAUCAGUAAAUGUGCUGCUAUGCGUGAUGUUUUAAGACAAGAUAUUGACAAUAAACCCACGAUAUGCCCAAGGAAUGAACCCCAGUUAAAAAAUGAGAAGGACGAGAGUAUUAAUACAUUUUAUCUUAAGGAUGCCAAUACAGAAUUCCAAGUAGAGCUUAAAGCUCUUUUCCUCCAGACCCACAACAAUAAUGAAUUCUUAUUUUGUGAAGUCGCGAAGCAGUUAUAUCCAGAAGUAAAUAAGAACACAAUAACAGGGAAGAGACUGCUGUCGAAGGCAAGUUCGUGUUUUGCAGACUACAGGCACAGUCUAAACAAUGUGUUUAAACAGCAUGCUGAUAGAAUUACCCAAGCUAGAAGAAAAUCUAUAGGAUCAUCCAUACAUAGGGAGGAGGUGGACCAAUAUGCAGAUAAUGAGAUAGUUAAAAAGGUGUUGAACAAAUAUCUGUCUGCAUUAGACCUACCAUUCAUUAUGUCUGACAGAAUAAUAUGGAAUGCUUUAAGGAAUGUAGUGGUGGACAGCAUAACAAUAUAUGCUAAAAAUAAGCUGUUGCCCACUGCGCAAUGGUCAAGUCAGACACAGUUGCAUGAUAGAGUUCGUACGGAGUUGGAUGUUCACACCUUAGACCUCCAGAUCCCUACCCACAUGAAUGUUUGUAAGAAAAUUGAUGUAAAAGCUCUACUAGCAUGUGGCGGGAAAUUGUCGAGAUCUAUUACAAUAUCACAAGAUUGA